AUGCCCCACAACAAAUUUCAGUGCAUUCUUCCACUUAUUGCGCAUGAAUUUUUGUUCCGCUCAGGAUUGCGCACGAGCAAAGGGGCAUCAUGGUGUGUAACAGCUGGAAGAAUAGAAUGGAGUGUAGACUAUAUAGAUCCAUUUUUUUGCUCUUCCUGCGGGCGUUCCUACUCAGCAAAAUGUAGCCUGUCCAGACAUCAACGAUUCGAGUGUGAUGUUAUUCCUCAAUUUGUUUGCACCUUAUGUACUAAGAAAUUCAAGCACAGGCAUCAUCUACUCAGGCAUAUAACUUUUUAUCACAAGUAUCAGGGGUCUGAUAUUUACAGUUUGGUGGUGAAAACAAAGAAAACAGUGAAGAUAAUAUGCAGCAUGGCACCCACAGCUCAUUAUAGAUCUAGUUUCAGAAAAUUAAAUAUUAUGGUUGUGCCAUCAUUACACAGUUCAUCUUGCAAUGUGUUAUGCACAUCAGUAACAUCUAUUGUAGAUACCAGCAACAUGAUAGGCACCUUAAACACAGUAUCAGAAAUAAUCAUGAUCUGCUUUCAUUCCACUGUAAGUAUAAAAACAAUACAGAAGUACUUUACAAAAAAAUCAGUAACGCUCUUCAGUUUCAUACCUCAUUGUAUGUGGGUGCUACAUAAUGAAAAAUUCAUAAGAAAAACCAAGGAAUUUCUGUUAGAACUGAGUCUUUAAAAAGUUGAUAAAUUUUUAAUGGAAGCCAAGAUAUUUAUGUUUUAACAUAUUUAUUUUUGAAUUUGUAUAAUGUGGAUGUAAUAACUCAGCAAAAAUUAACAUAGCCUGUACUUUAUUUGAAUAUCGUAGAUAUUUUAUAUGAGUAAUGUACUGACAUUCGGCAUUCAUAAUGACACAAUAAUUAAUAAUUUUUUUAUUUGUAUGGUAUGUAGGCAGAUGCCAUUGUGUUCUCUAAAAUAAUAAUAAAAUUUGGUUCAGUGAAUGAACUAACAAUGAGUAGUGCACAACUGCAAGCAUAUUAAGUUCAGUACUGAGUAUUCAAGAAUGUCAGCAAAAACGUCAAGCUAUUAAAGGUACAGAUAGGAAUACUCGCCAUAUAGGGGAGAUGCUGAUUCACAGGUAGGCAAAAUAAAAAGACUGUUGGAAAAUGAGCUUUCGGCCAAUAAGGCCUUUGUCAAAAACAGACAAAACACACACACAUACACAGAUGUGUGUGUUUGUGUGUGUGUGUGUGCGCGAGCAUGUGCGGGCGUUGUAUAUUUUUUACAAAAGCUCAGUUUCCGACAGUCUUUUCAUUGUGGCUUUCUGCGACUCAGCAUCUCUGCUAUAUGGUGAGGAGCAACUGUCCUUUUCAUACUAUUGUUACAUUCCAUCCUGGAUUUUCCAUUGUUUGAUUUGACAGAUAGGAAUAGACAGGUGUCCAAAAAAGUGAAUAUAAAAGCACCUAGCUUUUUUUAAAAUAAUGUUGUUAUAAAAAGUUUGCAUCUUAAAAAUGGGGCUAGAAGCAAUUAACUUCAAGUCUCACCACUUUUGUGAAUUGAUUUUAUAGUUAUAUGCUAAUUAAAAGGCCAUUCUUUUUUUGCACCACUGGAGGAAAAAAUCAUUAGCAAAAGGACAAGAUGAUCGACUUACCUUUUCAAUAGCUGACAGAGAAUCCUAAUAGUCCAAGUCACCCAGUAUCCUUGCUCAUGCACACUGUAUCUGUGUCUAUACCAGAUAGAGGGGAGCCAUUAGCAGGCUAUUGUCCUUAAUCUUAUAGCUGAUCUAACCUUUCAAAUUCCUUUGGUCUUAUAACAGAACUGUGUUAUAUAUUUCAGUAUACUUUGUGUGGUUUAUUUUACUGGGUAUUUGAAAACAAUAUGUAUCCUUUUUAUCUACAUAGUAACUGUAAAUAAUGUUAUUGUAGAGUGUUCCAUCUAGCAAGACGUAAGUGAUAUGAAUUAAUGUAUCAGAAGUAAAAUUUUAUUUUGUUUUGAUUUUUAAUAAGUUUUUUAAAUGUUUGAUUUUUUUAAAAUAUGGACAUUUAUUUAACCAACUACAAACCAGUUAAACAACUGAACUGAAUCUGUAUGUGUUGUUGGGGGGUCUCUGUCAUGUGUUUAUUUAAACCAUAUCCAUAUUUCAAGAACCUAAAACUGGAUCUGUAACA